CCGACAAGGGGCUCGAAUGCUGCCAUUAAUGGAGGCGACAAACCUUCGAUUCCCCACUGAUCUUUGCAGCUCUCUUUCUCUCACUCUCAAGCCAUCUGUAUUCUCACUUCAUCCCUAUUUGUGGUUGCAGCAACAGUAAACCAUUCAACACCAUGUAAUGCCACACAAACCCUCCUCUUCCUCCUACUUUAUAUCUACUUCUACUCUCCCCUCUUCUCUUCUUCAUUCCUUCCAAACAUUAUAGCUACAUUAAUUAAUUUGUCAUCGCUUCCCCACCAUCUCAUCUCUCUCUCUCUGCUUGAUUAAUUUGUUAUCAUCUUUAUAUUAAUUUUUUUUUUCCCCUUUAAUCCUUUUAGCCAUGAGUUACCAACCUAACACUUAUCUUAAUCUGAGUCUUCCAAGUAAUGAGCCCAACCUAGACCUUGUUCUUGACCCAUCUUCUUCUUGUUCAUCAUCACCACUAAGGCCAUCCGAACCUCGAGUUUUCUCUUGUAACUAUUGCCAAAGAAAGUUCUAUACCUCUCAAGCCCUUGGAGGUCACCAAAACGCUCACAAGCUUGAAAGAGCCUUAGCCAAGAAGACCAGAGAUACAGACGUCAGUUCAGCUGUUCGACCGCAUGCAGCAUGGAACAACCACCACCACCAUCACCACCGGUCCGGACGAGUAGGAUCCACUUCUAGCCAUUCUAGACAUGUUCAGCAGACACCACCUGAUAUGAGCUAUGGUAGGAGAGAAGGUGAGGGUUCUUGGGGCAGGGGUUACAAGCCUGAAACUGCCCAAGACGAGCUCGGUCACCUCGACUUGUCACUAAGGCUUUGAUUGAACCAUGGUUUUAAAUGUCAAUCUAUCGAGUUUUUGCCCUUCUGAUACAAAUACGUCAUGUUAUAUUGAUUGGAACUAAAUUAUAUAUGAGCCGCUGAUUCUCAAAGCAUAUCGGUUCGUAGCUAAUUCAAGAGCUUUUUCGCAAUCAAUAUAACCAGUUCGAUCGUUGUAAAACUUUAGGCUGUGCUUGGUUGUGAUUUCAAAACAGGAUUAUACACUAUAGUUUGAGUAUGAUGUUUGUUUAGUGUUUCGGAAUCACGUUUCAAACGUUCUGCAGAGAGUUCUGUCUCAGCCGUGCAUUUUAGCGUUUUUUU